AGAUAAUCAUUAGAACGAUCGGUAAUUAAGUAAAACACUUAAAACUAGCUUUUUGUUUAUUUCUGAAUGACACGAGACGAAUGAAAAAUGAUAAUACGCCUCUGCCAAAACAAUCUUCGAACGCAUUGGAAGAUAGAAGUCACAUGAAUGCAACGUCACAGGAGAGAGUGUGUAUAUGCAGCGUUUAGGAAACACUCGAUCGCAGUGACCGAGAAAACUUUAUUGGAAGUGUGUCAGUGACAGUAUCUGUUUCAAAAAAUAACAAUAACAAUGAAGGAAUUGACGCCUACUACAGGAGUGUUUUCAAUUAAUUGCGAUGGAAAUAUACUGAAUGUGACUAAAGCUAAAGAAGAACUCCUCAAGUUAUUAAUGAACUCGACUAUUAGAAAUUGUAUCAAAUCAAUUUACAAUCAAUCAUUUCAGUUAGGUCUGCCGCCAGAAUUAGACUUGGGACCUAAGAGAGAUCCAUUAACAACUGUUAUAUCUAUGACAAUAGUGUACGCUUUAAUAUUGGUUGCCGGAUUAAUAGGUAAUAUUUGUACUUGUGUAGUGAUAUCUCGUAAUAAGUACAUGCAUACAGCAACUAAUUAUUAUCUAUUCAGUCUUGCUAUAUCGGAUCUUCUGUUAUUGGUACUAGGAUUACCACAGGAGAUGUAUCAGAUAUGGGUGAACUAUCCUUAUAUAUUCGGAGAGGAAUUUUGCAUAUUUAGAGGACUCACUUCCGAAAUGUCUACUAAUGCUUCGAUUUUAACUAUCACAGCAUUUACUGUAGAACGUUAUAUGGCAAUAUGUCACCCUUUAAAAGCGCAUACUAUGUCAAAAUUAAAUAGAGCCAUCAAAAUUAUCAUUGCUAUCUGGUUAUGUGCAGCAGUUUGUGCUGCUCCACUUGCUGCACAACUAGGAAUUAUCUAUUCUGAAUUUAAUGAUGAGCCCAUUCUUGAAAGUGCUCGUUGUAAUAUUAAAAGGGCAUUUAGUCAUUCGUUCGAAAUAUCGACCUUUGUCUUCUUUAUCCUACCGAUGACAGUUAUUUCUGUUUUGUAUGUUCUCAUAGCACUCGAACUUCGUCGUACGUCAGUUGUUAGUCGUAUCAACUCGGAAACAUCUUCAAAUGGAGUGACAACUCCGUUGACAAGAAUUAAAUCUAGAAGGAAAAAAAUACGUUCAAAUAAUCAGUCAUCUAGAAGAGAUGUUGUCAAGUUGUUAGUGGCUGUAGUAGUUGCAUUCUUUAUAUGUUGGGCUCCGUUUCACGCUCAGAGAUUAAUGGCCAUAUACGUAAAAAAUCCAACUCCAACCGAUGAAAUUGUGUACAUGGUUCUAACCUAUAUCUCUGGAGUCACCUAUUACGUAAGUGCGACAAUAAAUCCAAUUCUCUACAGCAUACUUUCAGUUAAAUUUCGUCAAGCUUUCAAAGACACGUUAGCUCGAUGUUGUGGUAGGCACGUACCAAGAAGAGACACUUCUUACAGCUUUAGAUAUCAAAGCACGGUUCGUACGACAGGAUACGAACCAUCAGAAAUGUCGUCGACGUGCGAUUCUCCAAGAAUAAGAAUGGAAAGAACGUUACAAUGUCCUGCAGAUUCAAAUAAUUCUGCUAAAAUUAAAUUCUCCAUGACAACAAAUAACGUUUCGACCUUAGAAAACAAGAAAUAUAGUGACUCUUCCGAGAAAACAAAUCAUUCUUGCAGCUGAUUUUUGUCAUCGGUGUGACUUUUUUUUUUAUUCAUUCUCUUGUACUUUAAAAAAUCUUUAUUUUGCAUUCAAAAUAUAAAGCAGAAAAUGAAUAACAUCUAUCUUAGAGAUUUUUCUCCUUCCCUGAGAACAUUAAACAUUAAUCAUUAUGAAAUUUGAAGAUGUCUUGGAGCAGCUAUUUAUGUAUAUUUGUUUUGUGCCUGUGAAAAUAAAAUUUUUGUUGUUGUUGUAAGUCUUUAUUUUGCUAAUA